AAAUUUAUGGUAACACUUUCAAAGGUUGUAGCGAAAACUAAUCGAUAAAUGGUAUUGGUGGAACGCGUCACCAAGACGACACUCGUAAACAAACGGUUUGAUACUGACUAUCAACUAAAAUAUUGCACUAGAGUAACAACUCUAGCGAUCAUUCAUUAACGAUUGAUUUAUUUUUAAAAAGAACCAUAAUUGAAUUGUGAAGCCAACACAUUCUACUUGCAGUACUAAAGAACUAAAUAGCAUGUCGGCCUGUGUUGCCAAUCACAAAUGCGGCAAGUCGUCUGGUAAAUGUGAGACCCCAAAAUGUUGUAAUUCAAAGAUGAAUCGGAAUCAAAACGAGUGUGCCAGGGACGCUAGCCACGCCCUAUCUGCUCAGGAGUAUCCUGCAGCAAAUGGACAGGUGAUUGUUUUCAUGAGAUACAAGGCUGAGAUGGACAGACGAAUUCGAAAUGCACUCAUCCGUAUGUCUGGUCGCAUCAAGCAGUAUGGACCUGGCCACAUUGUGGGAAUUGCCAAUAAGGUUACUGUUGUCGAAUCACCUCCACACAGUGAGUGGCUGCAGCGAGAUGAUUGGUGCUUUGCUGUGUUUGCCUUCCCCAACGAACGUCUAGCCAAUCUUUGGUACGUCAGUGAACCAGAACUGAGACAACACGACUUUCUCCCACCCAGUGAUGGUGUGCAGCUCUUCUCAAUGGACAUAAGAUAUCUGCCACAGAUGGGCAAGAACACAUUCAACUGGAUGGAGCUAUCAGACAUCAAGAGCAAAUCUUACCUACAGUCUGAAUACAUUGACAAAGCUGCCAGGCUUCUGGACUCCAAGUGUGUCAACCACGGGGUUGUCUUUGUCAAGGACUCUGUUGUAGAUGAUAAACUGAACAGGAUGAAAGACACAUGGAUUCCAUACAAGACAAUGACCAACUUUGCCCUCCAUAUGUAUGACAAUGAAGAUCAGUUUUGGAGUAUUUACAACAGUUCGGAGUACAGGCCGCUACGUGAGGCCAGACACCAACUGUGCAACACCACAUCUCUACUCUUCACUGUGGACCCUCGUAUUGCCUAAAUAUUUAAUAGUGUCAACAUUUGUGAAGCUCAUUUGACUUACAUUACUAGUGAACAUGAUUACUGAAAGUGGUCCUUGUGUACAACUGUAGUUUACAAAUCAAUAGCUCUGUUAGCCUGUUGAGACCAUCAUUGAACUGCACAGCAGACUGUCACUUUAUAUACUGGUUAUAUCUUCAUCUCAGUUCAAGUAAAAACUACUUGUUCUCUUGGUAUGCUCUUCCAUUUAUAUUGUUAUAAAGAACUUUGUUAAAGACUGCACCAGAUAAAAUGAUGUUUUGGAAUUUAUUUUAGAAGAAAUUAAAAUUAACAGAAUCAGCUAUUUUUACUUGCUUUCCAUGAGACCAAACACUAUUGUUAAAUUGUAUUGGAUUACAGUUUUGGACAAUGUUAUUACUCAACUGUGAUAAAAUUUGAAUUCUCUUUCAAUUUGUUUAGAACACACAUCUUUAGGUAUUACAAAAAACAUUUUAUAUUAUUUAUUAUUAUACUAAUAUAGUUGUGUAUACUUUAAAAUUAAUAAAUUUCAUUUUUCUACA